UUGAACAAGGCUCGUGAUGCUUUCUACUCAUGUCUCGAAAAGGAAUGUGAUAAGAAGCCAACAGAAAUUGCAUCGGUCGGCUUGCUUUACCCCAUAGAAUGCAAACAAUCCAGGGACCAAUUCGUUAAACAAUGUCGAUCUUCUUGGGUGAAACAUUUCGAUAGGCAAUAUUGUCAGAACAAAAGGGUUCAGAGACUUUUGGAUGACAAAGGGACUAGGAGAGGUCCGUUGUUACUCCCACAGCCUUACACUUUCAAACCCACUUCUUCAUUUUCAUGAAUCAUUCUUCUAGCUGUAGUAGUUGUAGUAUUGGCUGGUAGAUUGGUAAUUCUGAUUCACUGAUAGCUUAUGCAUCAUUCUUUUUUGGAAGCUUGUUCAUGUUGUGAUAAGUGAUUUGGGUUUCUAUUAGUAUAUGAUUAGUUAGCAUUAGUCAUUACUGUUGUUGAUGUUGGGUUCAAUUGUUUUUCUUUUUCAGUUUUUAGUUUUUUUCGACUUCAAGUUGCAAUAAAAAUAUCUAUGUCUAAGAGAUUCAAUUCAAUUCAA